GGCAAGUGAGACAAGAAACGAGCGGAGGGAGCAUCAUGGCUGUGUUUCUGGAAGCCAAGAAUGCCCAUGCAGUCCUGAAACGAUUCCCUCGUGCCAAUGAGUUUCUGGAGGAACUGCGUCAGGGCACCAUCGAGCGGGAGUGCAUGGAAGAGAUCUGCAGCUAUGAAGAGGUCAAGGAAGUGUUUGAGAACAAAGAAAAAACGAUGGAGUUUUGGAAGGGAUAUCCAAAUGCCGUCUACUCAGUCCGAGAUCCCUCACAGAGCUCAGAUGCCAUGUGAGAGCCCUGCAUAUACAUGGAGGAUGACCGAAAAAUCCAAUGGUGUGAAGAGCUCUCCAGCUAACAACCACAAUCAUCACCCUCCUCCUUCCAUCAAGGCCAAUGGCAAAGAUGACCACAGGACCGGUAGCAGACCACAGUCUGCAGCGGCCGAUGAUGACACUUCCUCAGAACUGCAAAGGCUGGCGGAGAUGGCUACCCCACGGAGGGGGAGGGGUGGCUUCCGAAGGAUUGUCCGCCUGGUGGGGGUCAUCAGAGACUGGGCCAACAAGAAUUUCCGUGAGGAGGAACCAAGGCCUGAUUCAUUCCUAGAGCGUUUCCGUGGGCCUGAGCUCCAGACUGUGACAACACAUCAGGGGGAUGGCAAAGGCGACAAGGAUGGAGACGGAAAGGGCUCCAAGAAGAAAUUUGAACUAUUUGUCUUGGACCCUGCUGGAGACUGGUAUUACCGCUGGUUGUUUGUCAUUGCCAUGCCUGUUCUUUACAACUGGUGCCUGUUGGUAGCCAGAGCCUGCUUCAGUGAUCUACAGAGAAACUAUUUUGUGGUAUGGCUGGUGCUGGACUACUUCUCAGACACUGUCUACAUUGUAGACCUCUUCAUUCGACUACGCACAGGCUUCCUAGAACAAGGACUCCUUGUCAAAGACCCCAAGAAAUUGCGAGACAACUAUGUCCACACCUUGCAGUUCAAACUGGAUGUGGCUUCCAUCAUCCCCACUGACCUCAUCUAUUUUGCUGUGGGUAUCCACAGUCCUGAGGUGCGCUUCAACCGUCUGUUACACUUUGCCCGUAUGUUUGAGUUCUUUGACCGCACUGAGACACGCACCAGCUACCCCAACAUCUUCCGAAUAAGCAAUCUUGUCCUCUACAUCCUGGUCAUCAUCCAUUGGAAUGCUUGCAUUUACUAUGCCAUCUCCAAAUCCAUUGGCUUUGGGGUUGACACCUGGGUUUAUCCCAACAUUACUGACCCUGAGUAUGGCUACCUGGCUAGGGAGUACAUUUACUGCCUUUACUGGUCCACACUGACCCUCACCACUAUUGGAGAGACACCACCCCCUGUAAAGGAUGAGGAGUAUCUCUUUGUCAUCUUUGACUUCCUGAUUGGUGUCCUCAUCUUUGCCACUAUUGUGGGAAAUGUGGGCUCCAUGAUCUCCAACAUGAAUGCCACAAGAGCAGAGUUCCAGGCCAAGAUUGAUGCUGUCAAACACUACAUGCAGUUCCGAAAGGUCAGCAAAGAGAUGGAAGCCAAGGUCAUUAAAUGGUUUGACUACUUGUGGACCAACAAGAAGACAGUAGAUGAACGAGAAGUCCUCAAGAACCUGCCAGCAAAGCUGAGGGCUGAGAUAGCCAUUAAUGUCCACUUGUCCACCCUGAAGAAAGUACGCAUAUUUCAGGAUUGUGAGGCUGGCCUGCUGGUGGAACUGGUACUGAAGCUUCGUCCCCAGGUCUUUAGCCCUGGGGAUUAUAUUUGCCGUAAAGGGGACAUUGGCAAGGAAAUGUACAUCAUCAAAGAGGGUAAGUUGGCAGUAGUAGCUGAUGAUGGUGUGACUCAGUAUGCCUUGCUCUCAGCUGGGAGCUGCUUUGGAGAGAUUAGCAUCCUUAACAUUAAGGGCAGCAAAAUGGGUAAUCGGCGCACUGCCAAUAUCCGUAGCCUGGGCUACUCAGAUCUCUUCUGCUUGUCCAAGGAUGAUCUUAUGGAAGCUGUGACUGAGUACCCUGAUGCCAAGAAAGUUCUGGAAGAGCGGGGUCGAGAGAUUCUGAUGAAGGAAGGUCUUCUGGAUGAGAAUGAAGUGGCAGCUAGCAUGGAGGUAGAUGUUCAGGAGAAGCUGGAGCAGCUGGAGACAAACAUGGAGACCUUGUACACUCGCUUUGCCCGCCUGCUGGCUGAGUACACUGGAGCCCAACAGAAGCUCAAGCAACGCAUCACAGUGCUGGAGACCAAGAUGAAACAGAACCAUGAGGAUGAUUACCUAUCAGAUGGGAUAAACACCCCUGAGCCAGCUCCUGCUGAAUAGCCAUAGGUGCCCAUCCAGCAUUGCUUUGGCCCGAGGAGUUAGAAGUGCUAUAUAGAACUCCACAUUUACAUGUA